UUCAUAUCAAUAUUGUACAUACAUGUGAUUGUAAAGGUUUUGUAUAUUUUGGUUUGGCCCAUCGCGGGUUAAAUGUAGUUCCAUACCCCCUUAUUGUUCUCUUUUGCCUGCCCUUCGGCUUGAAAGGUAUGUUGUCCUUGGCUCCGAAAUUGUUCAAUAUAAAACCGUGGUAAUGUUACACAAUGUACUGUUAUGCUACCAUAAGUUUGUUACAAUGUGGAUAAUAUAAAGAUUUAUGUUAUCAAGGUUCACAAAGCUCGCUAACUGGGGUAUCUAUUGUAACUUGUGAGUACUUGGGACAGUGUUUGAGUGAGUGUCCGUGUGCUUGCGCAGGUGCCCGAGAGCAAGGACUGCGCCAAGGGUUAAACAUAAUGUGUGUUGUCUCUUCGUGUGCAGGGCAAAUAAAACAUUAUUCAACUAGCAGAACUCCAGUUGUGGCAGCGUCCUAAUUUAAAGUACACAACGCAGAACGAACCACGCAACAUAGGCAUAUAUAAAUAAUGUAUUUAACUUGUAAACCAAGAUUGGAUUAGUUGGUCUAAGCAACAUGCACCUGGAUAAUCACGUCAUGAAUCGGGAAAGGCUCCAACAUCCUCAUAUACACAUUAUGACAUAACAAAGAGUUUAAUCGUUCACGAAAUAAAGACGCAGAAGCAUACCCAUUUAUACAGGUUCUACACAUUCCAUUUCUCCAUGGCAAUAGAAUGUAAACAUUCUAUUUUGCGCCAAACAUCGCCUACAACUCAAUUCAAAGUGCAGCAUAUUGGACGACUCCACAGUCAUUGAUCAUUCGCGACUUUAAGUCAUUCCUGUUAUCUCUAGAGCAUCCCGUGUAUCUAUAGCGCUGCAUUUCUUCCCCAUCUUACCAUGGAUAGGGUUUGGUGCAUUCCGGAGUUCACUUAUGGUCCAACAAAGGUAAUCUUAGGAGAAAUUCAUUUUAGCAUACUGUAAAUGCCUGUGCAUAAUGUGCAUAACAGAACAUCAUUAUUUUCAUUAUCUUCAAAGGAAUUCUGUAGAAGCAGCCUUUAUUUUCAGACUCUGCAGGCCUGCUGGGAGGAAACAUAUUACAAUAAACAGAAGAAGUUCAUGGUCCACUAUCUGCUGCUCCAGAGUCAAGGCCAGGUCCCGCCCCAUGUCACCACAGAGCACAUGAGCAACUGGCUGGUGUCUCAGGGCAAAAAAUCCCUUAGGGAGAGGGUGUGGAAGGAAACCCUGGAGGAGGGAAACGACUUCGCUCGGCUGGCCUGGGAAGUAAACACUUGCUUAAAAAUGAUGGACUUAGAGCACGAGGCUUUCUGCAAGCUCCGCCGCUCCAUGCACCCCACCUCGCCAGCUGACAUCGAUCCUAAGGUCCACAGCAUCGUGGAGAGAGCUGUGAGGAGCAUUCUGGGCGAGCAGUCCAAUGAGCCCCGUAGCCCCCUGCUCAGCCCAUCUCAGGUGGUGGUGGAGGUGGUGCCCAGGCUCCUCCUGGCCCUGUGGCUGCAGCCAGAGGAAGGACAUUCAGAGCACCCAAUCCUAAUGAGCGGGAUGGCCAUGGGCAUGGUGGCGGCCGUAGUGGAGAAGCUCUCCUGCAUGUUAAAGGACCCUUCCCCUCACAUCCCUUUCUCCCGGGCUGCUGCUUUUGACUCUGUGCGGUCGAUUCUCAGGAGAAUCAGUCAGUCCUUCUCCACCGAUGACCUGCAGAGCCCUUUUUAUAUGAGCUCUGUUUGUGCCUUUGUGGCAGAUGAGGUGCAGAGCUGCUUCCAGCCCCCUGCAGCCACCCUACCAGUCCCCCCUGUCCUCGCGGUGGCCGUUUCCACCACACUACCAGCUGACAUCCAAGCAGAUCCGGCUUCUUCCCACCUUGAGGAUGUAGACAUCACCAGUAACACAGAGGCAGACCUGGCUUCUUCCCACCUGAAUGUUGUGGACAUCAACUCUAACACAGAGGCAGACCCGGCUUCUUCCCACCUGAAUGUUGUGGACAUCACCCCUAAUACAGAGGCAGACCCGGCUUCUUCCCACCUGAAUGUUGUGGACAUCACCCCUAAUACAGAGGCAGAGCCCAUCUCUUCCCUCUUGGAGGUUGUGGACGUCAGACCUGAAGAAAGGACUCUCACGAUGGCCGUCUCCACCACUCUGCCAGCUGACAUCCAAGCAGAGGAUGUUGCUGUGGUCACCCCGGAUGUCACCCCACACGUCACCAAGGAUGUGACACUGGAUGUUCCAUGCAGAGCAAGGAAAGGGGCAGUCCUGCGGUUAUUUUGCAGGCUUUGGAGGGCAGUGUGCUGCUGCGCCUGCCACAAGGAAGAGGAGGAACAAUAUUAAUUAUUCAUCACACCUGCAGAAAUGGGAUGGAACCAUAGACCAUUAAAUUAUUAAAUUAUAAUUGGACUCAAUUCUGCUUUUCUUCUGUUUACUACUUAAUUUCAGAAAAUGUCUAUAAACUUUCACUUUGCAAGUGUGGAGUAGGUUGUGUAAAUAAGUGGGAAACAUCCCAAUUUUAAUGCUUUUAAUAAUUUACUUGUACAUUUAAAAACAAAUGUAUUAUUUGACAACAACAAAAACGGAGGGUGCUCAAACAACGUUGAGUUGAGGUGCAACCAAAAAUUUUAAU